GGGGAGGUGGGCGUGGCUUGUUGGGAUAAGCCCCGCCCACCCGCGACCUUCUCCCGCAGCGGGCGCGCCGGCGCCGGAGCCGCCGCAGAGGACACCGUGGCCAUGUCCUCCCUGCACUAGGACCGUCCCCCCACCGCCUCGGUGGCUCCCAGCCCGGCCGGGAGGAUGCGUGCCUGGAAGGCGGUGGCCAGCACGCUGGCGCUGAGCGGGGCCGAUGUGGCGGUCACCACGCUGCUCUACGCCCACGGCCGGGGCGGCCGGGACAUCCUGCAGGACCUGCGGCACUUCAACAUCUUCAACUCGCUGCUGGACGUCUGGGGGGGCUGCCUCUACCGCAGCUGCGUGCUGCUGGGGGCUGCCAUCGGGGUCGCCACCAACACGGCCUAUGGCCCACGGCGCCUCAGGGCCUCACGGACCUUCAUCGCCGUCGUCUGCCUCCUCAUGGGCAUCUACAUGAUGGUGAAGCUGCUGCUCUACUCGGAGGUGCGCAGGACCAUCAAGGAUCCCUGGUUCUGGGGGCUCUUUGCCUGGACCUACGUGGCGUUGGCAGCCACCUUCGGGCUGUGGCAGCUGCUGGCCUGCGUGACGUCCUCCCGCGAGGCGCUGGGGCCCAGCUCCGAGUCCCGCACCGAGGCAGAGGAGAGCUGCGACGCCCCGCGGGACAAGCGGGAGGAGGCGGCGGGUCCCACCAUCCACAAGCUGCUGUCGUACACCAAGCCGGACGCCUUCUUCCUGGGCAUCGCCUCCUUCUUCCUCCUCGUGGCCGCGCUGGGAGAGACCUUCCUGCCCUACUACACAGGGCUGGCCAUCGACGGCAUCGUGGUGCAGAAGAGCAUGGACCGCUUCUCCACGGCGGUGCUGGUCAUGUCACUGCUCGCCAUAGGAAGCUCAUUUGCCGCAGGUAUCCGGGGCGGCGUUUUUACGCUCAUAUUUGCAAGGCUGAACAUCCGCCUCCGCAACUGCCUCUUCAGGUCGCUGGUGUCCCAAGAGAUGAGUUUCUUUGAUGAGAAUCGCACAGGGGACGUCAUCUCCCGCCUGACGUCGGACACGACCAUCGUGAGCGACCUGGUCUCCCAGAACAUCAACAUCUUCCUGCGCAACGUCGUGAAGGCCACGGGGGUGAUCUUCUUCAUGUUCAGCCUCUCGUGGAAGCUCUCGCUCGUCACCUUCAUGGGCUUCCCCAUCAUCAUGCUGGUGUCCGACGUCUACGGCAAGUACUACAAGAAACUCUCCAAGGACGUGCAGAAUGCCCUGGCCAAGGCCAACAACACUGCUGAGGAGACCAUCUCUGCCAUGAAGACCGUCCGCAGCUUUGCAAACGAGGAGGCAGAGGCCAACGUGUACUGGCAGAAGCUGCAGCAGGUGUACAAACUGAACAAGCGUGAGGCCCUGGCUUACACCUACUACGUGUGGUCCAGCGGGCUGACCCUCCUGGUGGUCCAGGUCAGCAUCCUUUACUACGGCGGGCACCUCGUGAUCUCUGGGCAAAUGACAAGCGGAAACCUGAUAUCCUUCAUCAUUUAUGAGUUUGUCUUGGGAGACUGCAUGGAGUCCGUGGGCUCUGUCUACAGUGGCCUGAUGCAAGGAGUGGGAGCUGCUGAGAAGGUGUUCGAGUUUAUCGAUCGCAAGCCAACGAUGGUGAACGACGGGUCGCUGGCCCCAGACCACGUGGAUGGGAAGGUGGAGUUCAGAAACGUGACAUUUUCCUACCGCACUCGCUCCGCCACGCAGGUCCUCCAGGACGUGUCCUUCACCCUGCACCCCGGCAAAGUGACGGCGCUGGUGGGCCCAUCAGGCAGCGGGAAGAGCUCCUGCGUCAACAUCCUGGAGAACUUCUACCCUCUGCAAGAAGGGCAGGUGCUGCUCGACGGGCAUCCCAUUAACAUGUACGAUCACAAGUACCUGCACUCAGUGAUCUCCUUGGUGAGCCAAGAGCCAGUGCUGUUUGCUCGCUCCAUUGCUGAUAAUAUUUCCUACGGCUUAGCUUCGGCCUCCUUCGAGUCGGUUGUUCAGGCUGCCCAGAAGGCUAACGCACAUGCCUUCAUCACGGAGCUACAGGACGGCUACCACACAGAAGCAGGCGAAAAAGGAGCUCAGCUGUCGGGUGGCCAGAAGCAGAGAGUGGCUAUUGCCAGGGCCUUGAUCCGAACCCCCCCCAUCCUAAUCCUGGACGAAGCCACGAGCGCGCUGGACGCAGAGAGCGAACACGCGAUUCAGCAGGCGAUUUACGGCGACUUGCAGAACCACACAGUGCUCGUCAUAGCUCACAGGCUGAGCACUGUGGAGAAGGCACACAACAUCAUUGUGCUGGACAAGGGCCGCGUGGUGCAGCAGGGCUCGCACAAGGAGCUGAUGGAAGAAGGAGGUCUUUAUUCCAAGCUGGUGCAGAGACAGAUCCUGGGGCUCGAGGCAGGCGGCACGGGCGGCCACCAACCCGAAGCCCGGGGAGAUUCAGCGAAGGCACCCAGCGGGCUGGAGGAAGAGUUCAGGAUAGACCAUUCCCUCCCGGCCGCGGUGCAGGACGAUUAUAACAACACAGCUCACAAGUGAGAGCGGCGAGGGCUGGCGCUCGAGACGCUUGCUGGGAUGCCGAGGCAGAAGGCAGCUUGCCAACAGGCCGGCACGCCGCACAAUGCUGCCCGCUCGUCCGUCCCGCGUGCACCAUGCACCCGUGCACACAAAACCACGCACUUAUAGAGCUUCCUGCAGUACAGCCCGGUGGGCGGACGCCUGCUGGUUAAACAGGGAAACCGAUUGGGGAGUUGGGUCUUUAGCAAUUCUCAGCAUUUCUACCGGGUUUCUUUUCUUACUACCAGUAAUUCCUCUCGACUGGGACUUUUCUCCCAUUGAUAUGCAUGUGUAACUGCUAUUAACUGUACUGGAUGUUAAAUGCAUGCAUGGAGGGGAAGGUUGAAAACCCCUCCAGGAAUUUCAGGGGGUGGCUUUCUUGGCUGGGUAGAAAAGCAGCGACUGUAAAACAAGGUCCUGCUCCUGCUGUCAAUCUAUGGGGUCAGUCCAAAGUCUGCUGAAGUCUGUAGGGAGCUCCCUUCGGCUUCGGUGAAAAUGGGAUCACUUCCAUGGCGCUGAAUGCUGGGAGAGUUUUGCACUGAGUGCCUGCAGGCUCAGGCUCACAACCAUUGCUGCUGAGCUUGUUUCAUGUAGUAAUCAUCCUUCCUGGAAUGAGCCAGGGGACCAGGAGGCAGGUGUUGCUUUCAGAUUUACUCUUGGUGCUUGGUGGGUGUUUGGUUUUCUUUUUAAGGACGAAGAGUUUUACCAUAAUUGGGUUAGGGAUUUUUUUAAUUAUUAUAUUUCUGUGUGCACUGUACAAUGUCUGUCUGGCUCCAGUGUCCACUGAAAUUCAGUCUGUUAUUUCAGUAUUUUUUUAAACUCACAACCCCGGUGCUGGUUUGAAAAAACACUACUAAAGACAGGCAUAAAAUACUAAAAGACAGCACUUUAUAAAACCCACCAAAGCUUUGUUCAGCUUCAGGCAAUGCAAGUGAUUUCACUGCAUGGGAAAUCCGUACAGUCACUUUCCUGGAAGUCAAACUUCCGCUGCCUGAACUGUGAAAUGUGUUUCUUUGAGUACUAUUUAUUAACUUUUAGUAAGAGGGAAAGAAAGAUGUUGCUCCUAGUCCUUUUGUGUGAUGGCUCUGGCUUAGUAGUGUUAUGCUGCCAUAGAUUGGUGAAGAAACCUAUGCAGCCAGGCAGAUGCUAUUGAAAAAUAGCACUGGCUUUUAUGUGGGAAAGAUUGACUCAGACUGUGCAUAGUUAAGAAAUGAUCUCAAGCACUUUAGCUCUCAUGUUUUUCAAUAUUUGAAUGCUGCUGUGUUUUACUUUUUGGCAGUUUUGCAGUUUUGUUGUUGGCACUGUUUUGUUUUCGUUCAGUGAUGUUUUACAAACUCUUUAGUGUCCUUGAGGAGGGAUGCUCAAAAAAAAAAAUAAAAUACUACCUCUGCCACUCAA